AUGUGGACGUGUGACCAGUCAUUUGCAUCGCAAAUUCUCCCGUUGCCUGCAAAACUGGAGCCAUUACAGUCUGAUCGAGUGGACUCGGACGACGAUUUCGUUGUCGUGGACAUUCCCCACAGACCGACCGAAUCAGCUUCGCGAUGCCUUGUAGAACUGUACACAGACUUUGAUGGUCAGUCAUAUCGAACGGUGACCAUCGAUCGGACUACCAAUGUCCUGCAAAUCUUGCGUAUUCUCUUAUCGGAUAAUCACUGUGGCGAUUGCACUAACUGGGUAAUAAUUGAGUGGAAACGGGCACUGUGUCUUUGGCGAAUUGUAGAGGACCAUGAGUGCAUUGGACCUAUACAAGACUCUUGGCGUCAUGAUGUGGAUGGGGAAUACAAUCGUUUUGUUGUUAAGCAGGAUUAUUGCAAAUAUGAAGUAUUUAGGAAUCCAAAGCAAUUCUUCCCUGCAGGCAGGAUGGACAUCUGCAUGGAUAAACUGGAUAUGUUGGCUACUGAACAGCCAUCAGCGCAAAAUGCCUUCUUGAGGAAUCUUUUAUCGUCGACAAACUGGCUGCCAGAUGUUGAUGGAUGGUUGAGCCUACGCGAAAAGAAAGCAUGGAAAAAGCAGUUUUUCGUCCUUCGACCCUCUGGAUUAUAUAUGAGCGUAAAAGGCACGAGCAAGGAUCCGAAAAAUCUCGCUCUUCUCUGCUCCUUGGAUGCUGUGCACAUUUAUUAUACGGAAAAUGGUCGGAAAACACUGGGUGCUGCUACCGAUAGCGUUAUCUGCGUGGCGAAUUCUUCGGAUGCCACAUACAAGUACAUUUGUUGCGAGGAUGAUGAGAUGCGACGGAACUGGAUCGUCGCACUGCGUUUGCAGAAGUAUGGCAAGCAGAUGAAGGAGAAUUAUGAAGCGGCUAGUCGUGUCGACGAGCUACUGAAUACCGCCGAGAAUGUUAAGGAACUGGCACUCCAGGAAAAAUGCAAAUCUCUUGUCCCCAUGGAUUUCUCUGGCAACUGCGGUCGAGUCAUUGUGGAAAAUCAGCAGGAAGCCAUUGCGGCCCUAAUGACGGAACUGCAGACCUGGAAGAAACGUCAGACGGGCCGCUGUCUGGACAGUUCAACUGCCAUGUCCGCUUCCCAUGCCUAUCCUCUCCAUCUUUCCCAGCCCUGGUAUCAUGGCGGUUUGACACGGGAGGAAGCUAAUCGAUUGCUCAGCAAGCAGGGAAUGGUUGAUGGGGUAUUCCUUGUGAGGAAAAGCCGCAGCGAGCCACGUUGCUUCGUGCUGUCAUUCACGUUUUCCGGCAAGACUAAGCACCAUCAAAUAUACCCGAUAAAGAAUAAUGACCAAAUCUGUUUGACCUUGGACGAGGGCAAAACUAAAUUUGCUGAUUUGACCCAGUUGGUGGAAUUUUAUCAGCUGAAUAUUGGGAUUUUGCCCACAAAAUUAACAUAUCCGUUGAAGAUAUCGGAAAGUCCGAGACGGUGAUAUCUACGUGUAUUCGACUACAUAUGCAAAAGCCUUACUAGCUGACUAUGCUGCGCUGCACUUCCCGUCCUGCUCCAUGUUUUUUCAAGCCAAGGGUCUCUUUUUUUUACUGUCUUAAUUUAUUGCAUAUUUUAUUGUUGUUGACCGAGCCGUAUAUGUACACGCUGUAAAAGCUGUUUGACGGCUGAUAAUUUAUGACUCGUUAAAUUUUUUUACGGUUUUAAAAAUUAAUUAUUCUUGUGGUGAUGCUGUUCCUGGGCCUUAGUUCGCACAUUUCUGUAAUCUUGGUAACGCAAAUGUGGCUUUAAGUGUUAAUUCACAGUUGUUUUCCUGGUGUACGCUGGUAGCUGGUUCAGUUGUUUGAACUCUGACGACCGAAGGGUUUAUAUGGGAAAGUUGGGUUUUUGAAGUUAUUAUACACAACGUGUAAUAGUUAUGUACAAUACAAGUACUGAUGUGGUCCGCUAUUAAACCGCAGGCUCCGUGUGUUUUGCAG